ACGAUCGCCCGACAUGGCGUCCAUCGAUCAUUGCUCAGUUUCAGUCGGUUGUUGUUGUUUCCGGAUAACGGAACGGUCGACCGUUGCUCUAGAACGGUCGAGCAUGUCGACCGUCCCGUCAGCAGAUUGUUUGGUUGAUGCUGUUGUUGAUUCUUCCGCCACCGCCGUACGCCACUCUGCUACCGCCAUGGCCGAUGAACAACCGAGGAAGGUAGUUUCACCUAAAGAAGAGGACAAUCAUGAGAGGGGAUCCUCACUGUUUCCAAAUUUUGAUAAUUUAACUCCAGAACAAUGGAAUGCUGUUCGGCAUGUUUUCUCCCUAUCACCGUUUGUUUCUAGUAUGAAGCUUUCAGGUGCAUCUCUUGAUACAAGAAGUACAAAUGAGGUUAGCUCUUAUGAUGAAGAUGAAGAACUGCGGACGGAAAAAAAGAUGGACCGUUCCAAGAGGGACAGUCGACUGGAGGAAAGCGGAAGAGCAGACAGGCUACAGACGGUCGACCUGAUGGACCAUUCAGAUGUCCACGAUCGACCGUCCGAGAGGCAGGAUGACGGGUUCCUGAGAGAUGACCAAAUGGCCAACCAGGUGGACCGUCCUGAUAUCCACGGUCGACCGUCUGAGAGGCAGAAUGACGGUUCUUUGGGAGAUGAUCAAACAGUCGACCGUGAUGUGGAAGACGGUCGACCGUCUCUGAGGUAGAAAGUUAGCGAUCCGGAACCGCUUCAGACGGUCAACCCCAUGGACUGUUCCACUGAUAGCAGUUGACCGUCCUUUUCCCAGCAGGCGGUGGAGAACUUGGGACGUGGUCAGCAUGAGAAACAUCCAAAUGUACGCCUUGCCGAUUAUGUUACCCAU